AUGUCUUCAGUCAAAGCCAUCAUCUUCGGCGCAACAGGCGCAGUUGGUCGUGCUGCAGUCUUGGAAGCCCAAUCGCGCGGAGCACCAAAGAAACUGAGCUUCAUUCGCGUUCAGGCAGAUCUCUCAGAUCCCAAGUCCGCCCAGCGCGCCGUUUCUAAAUCAGGAGCAACUGUAGCAUUUUCGUACAUACUCUUCGAAGCAGAAGACGGCCUUUUGGGAACGCACAAAGCUAUAAAGAGGGCUGGUAUCACGCAUGCUGUUCUGCUUUUUUCGUUUUGUGUUAGAGAGAAUGGGGGCCCAAAACCAUCUUCUGAGGCACGUAAUACCCAGAUGCUAGAAGAUUGGGAGGAGGUCAAGUCGGGACAGCUCGAGUUGGCUCAUCCCGACGCACCGUUCGAUUAUCUCGCCCCCGAAGACGUUGCCGCUCUCGCAGGUGCAAGAGUCGCUGCAACACCGCCCUCUGGGGAGUUGGUCAUCUCCCAAUGCGGAACAGAGUUACUCUCCCAGCACGCAACAUGGAAAGUUGUCAGUGAAGUCUGGGUAUGGAUAUCAGCAUCAAGGAGGCCAACAGCGAUGAGCACAGCGAGAAACUCAGAUCCAGGGGCUUUCCAGAACGUAUGA